AUGGCGCGCCACCCGUCCCUGCUGCUGGCCGUCCCUGCUGCUGGCCGUCCCUGCUGCUGGCCGUCCCUGCUGCUGGCCGUCCCUGCUGCUGGCCGUCCCUGCUGCUGGCCAGCUGCUGGCAGCUCGCCGCGGCGCCGCUCCGAAGACAUGCUUGCCAUCUUUGCGCCCUCGGCCAACGCCCUCACCAUCGGCGCAGCUCCCCUGCACCGCCCGGCCGUCGUCAAGCCGGUCGGCGCCACCAUGAUGGCCCCGGAGCAGCUGGCGGAUGUGAUGCCGGCGCUGCAGACCUCGACGCUGCUCGCGGACGCGACGCUCGCCUCCGGCUCCGCCGUUGCGGGCGCUGGCCUCGGCCUGAUCGGCGGCGCCAUCGUGCUCGGCCCGGCCCUCUCGGCGGCGGGCGGCAAGGGCGCUGGCGGCAAGGCGCCCAGAGCCCUGCCCUCUCUGCUCCCCGCAGCAUCCCUCCGCUGCUUCGAGAGCCGCUGCCCUCGCCUCCGCGCUCGCCGCCCCCUGACCCGCACUCGCUGCCCGCCACAGGCCAAGGGCACCGCGAUGGGCAUCGUCGGCGCCGUCGUCGGCGGGUCGAUCGGCCUCGCGGGCGGCGCCGUCGUCGGCCUCGGCGCCUUGUAAGCGUCGCGCCUUGUGAGCGUCGCCCGGAGAGCGCCGGCUGGGGGGCGGGCCUUGGCCGGACGGACUCUGUGAGAGCGCACAGUGGCGGGUUGAGUGACCUUUGUAGUAAAGCCAGUGCUGGUGUGGCUGUGCGGGUGUGCCCUCCGUCGUCCCUGCUGUCCGGUCGUCGCGUCGAUGCAAAAAACAUGCGCUU